GGCAGCGCGCGCGGAAAUUUCUCUCUAUUCGAAAGGUGAAGAUACGUGGGAGUUGAGUCGAGGUCUAUUAGGUCCCGGGAUAAUAUUCCCAAGAUCAAAGCGGCGGACAGCCAAUGGCUACUUCAAAGAGCAGUAAGUAUCUCUCUCUCGUGAUUUCCAAUUACACAAAAGAAAGAAAAAAAAAAGAAAGAGGAGGAGUUCUCUCCUUGUAACUUGUCACUAAUAUCAAUUAAUAGUCGGCAAAACCGUCGUGACGGUUGAUUAAGAGGUACUUGGCGGUCCAGAAACGACCGGUUUCAGCCCGCAAAACUUGCCCGCGUCUUUCAUCGGCUGCUUUCCGGCGGGGCCGAAAGACGAAAAGCACAAGUAAAUCCCGGCCGCGCGGACGAAGAGGAGCGCGGCGGAACCGAGGAACUCGUGCGGCGGCGGCGGCGGUGGUGGCGGGCGGCGCGGCGGCGGGCACGAGGACGACGACGACGACGAUGAGGAGAGACGGAGGGAAGGAGAGUGGAAGGUGGAUUGGCGGAGAUGCAGCUUAGGAUUCCGAGUAUACCCGAGCAGUUUCUGGUUGGUUGGUAAGUGGGACUAGCGGGGACUCAUAGGCACGUAGCGUCCUACGCGAGGCCGCAGUCGGGCGCAAACCCCGAAACAAUCUCAUCGCGGGUUACCUUCCAUCCAUACCACACACACCGGUCAUCGAGCAGCAACAACACUACCCACCAGCGAUAGCGGCAGCAAUAGCGCGGCAACGACUCGCGCGAGCGGUACGGUUCACGGCCUCGGAAGAGCUGCGGAACGCGGAAGAGGGUAGAGACGUGCAAGACGGAAUUUUGUCGUCGCGAUCCUGGCUGCCAGCAGUUCGAGUCGCGUGAUCGUGGUAGCGCCUGUCGAAUCGUCAUCAGCCGCCUUCGUCGACUGUCGAACACGGCAGUCCUUCCUCCUCCCUCGUGUAAUCGGUCGGUAGCGUGCGAGUCGCAGAGGAACUCUCUUCUUUCUUUUUCGGAGGAAAGGCCGACGGAAGCGGAUCAGGGACCACGACGACGAGGGCGAGGUCGCGGAACGAUUGGAUUAGAGCUGACUUCUCUUUCUCACUCUCUCUCUCUCUCUCUCUAUCUCAGUGCAGGCGUGCAGGGACCGCGACAAGUACGCCUUCCUUCUUUCCUAUCAAGGAUCGCGGUCGAGGUCGAGGUCGCGUUCAAGGUGGAGCGAGGACGAAAGUCUAGGUCGAGGGUCAAUCUACCUAUACGCGCCGCACGAGAUUUCCUAAGCGAACCGGUCCAAGGAAAGCGUCGCUCGAGCACGAUAAGAGAGGAAGGCACCUCGCGAGCAAAAAUACGAUAGCGGAAGCGGCUACUUUCCAUAAUAUCGAUAGCAAGGAUGCGGGCUAUCCAGUGUUGCGUUUGCCUGGCGUUGCUGCUGAUGACAGCGUCGGCCGUACCGGCGUCGUCGAAGGGCGACACGGCCAAGAUCAAGAAGACCACGACGAUCGCGAGCGGAGGAGGCAAGAACGCUUCGGUGAUCACCGCGACGACUGCGUCGGCGGCGGCGUCCAGGCCAAUCGCGUCCGCCACGUUACAUUCGUCGAUCGCGACGGCGACGACGACGGCAACGGCGCCGAAGACGGCCGCCGCCACGUCCGGUGGCACGACGACGCUGAAGCUGUCGACGUCCUCGUCGACGACGAUCGCGACGGCGGCGAAGGCGACGGCGAAGGCGACAGCAAAGGCGACGACGACGACGAAUGGCGUCGCGUCGUCGGCGUCGUCCCCCACGACGAGCAUCCCGACCUCCCGUGAUCCGCAGGGCUCGAGUCCCACCUACAUCACCGAGACGUCGCCGAGGAUAAUCUCGCCCACUCAACAUACCGCGGCCACGGUGCUGUCGUCGAGAAAAUCAGCGGCCUCGGCAACCGCCGCGGUCGCCGAUGUCACGACCACCGCGCCUUUGACGGCCAAGGAGACGCGGGAAUCGCCCGGCAAGAUUAGACCGCAAAUCAAACUGACAACAAAUUACACCACCACCAGCGAGACGGGGGUACGACUGCCGGAGGGGGCGAGCGCGGCGCUCGCCAAACCGACCAAGUAUCACUACUACCCGCACAAUCAGCAUAUCUACUUGCUGCCGGAGUGCGCCGUCCAGCAGGUGUGCAACGCCGUCUACGUCCGGCUCAACUUUACGCAACCGCUCUGCGCCUGUCCCGGAAGGUACCGGGACCCCUGCAGCGCAUCCUUGGACAGCGACGACCUGCACACGACCGAGCUGGUGACCGAUCAGCGAACCAAGGCCUUGACCUUGGUGAAAACGUGCGAGCCGGUCGCCGAAAUGAGAGAGUGCAGAGCGUCGCGGGACUGGUCCCUGUUGGCGCUGCAGAACGUGCGUACGGGAAAGUCUCACUAUCUCGUGAUAUGCCGAUGUCCCGACACAAACAUACUCGAGGGGCCUAUGAGCCACGAUCAACCAACUUACGCCAGCGUCCCGGGUAUUCGGGUGUACGGAAUGAUGUGCGUUCAGGGAAACAGAAGGGGACGACCGCUACGAUAUUCGCGCAGUGUUUCAGCGUACGCAGAGGACGAGGAGAAACCACGUUUCCCUUGGGACAAGGUGCGACAGCUGAUGGCGACGCCGUCUUUUUGGGAAUAGUUUUGCGACGCGAGGUCCCACCUCGUAUCUGCCAUCGACAAAUUUACGCGUUAAUUUAUAAUGCUAUUAUAUUUAUAAUUCUCCCAGCCAUUCGAAUCCCAUGCUCGAACUCUCUUCAUUCUCCUACCAUUUCCCUUUUAUUAUUCUCACGCUUCCUUAACCCUCGAACGGACGCACCGUGGUGUAGAGUAAAUUAAUAUUAAUUAUUAUUUAUUUCAUCUUGUGUAAUUUCUCGUUUAACGAAUCAUUUUCACUUUAUCGUACGGUUAUUGUGACUAGAAAAAGCAAAAUCGAGAAAGGGAAACUUUUUUAAAAACUUUGCAAACAUAGCAGCGUGUCCGCACGAGGGUUGAUAGACACAAUAGGACGAAAUCGCCUAUGUGACUUGUAUUCUUAUUUCUACUUAAUUACUCGUUUUAAGCAUAUUAUUUAUUAUUCAUGAUUUCUAUGUUAUUUGUAAUUUGAGCCGUCGAUUAAUUACACACGAUAUACAAUUCGAUAUACACGAAUUACGAUAAGGAAAAGGAACGGCUUUGCCGUCUACUCAAAUGUAAAGAGCUGUCCGAUCGCGUGUGAUCUUGAAAAAAGAAAAAAAAAUAGGAAUAUAUGUGGUACCUGAAUUUUCGACAGGCAAGAUCUUAAAAUCUACAGUCUUUUCUCUCAUUACCUAAGUAAGAUAUUAAGUAAAAUCGUCAGCUACUAUA